AUUGACACGUCUUCCUGUCUGCCAGUCUUUCACAAGCAUUCGGACGCGGGUAGGUAGUUGCUUGGCCAACAUUUGGAAGGCAAGUCGUUUGCUGACAGAGAGCUGUAGAUUUGGGGACAUGGCAAGUCUUGAAGCGGAGCGUGGCAGAAGCGACGAAGUUCGCGACAAUGCUCGGCGAUGUCAGCAUCAGAUAACCAUCAUGAGACAAGAGAUUAAAAACUUAAGGUCUGUAAGUUACCGGCGGAAGCAUAUGGACAGUGCCGUAAGAGCACAUAAGAAAAGUGUCCAUGCCUUGCAGAAUCUCUUGGGGAACAUUUCUGACAAUGAGCUUCCACAACAUUCACAGAGUCCACCAGUGGAAAGCUCAACAGCUUUUUCUUUAGAAAAAGGAAAUAUUCCUACGGUGCCAAUUGGUUACAUAGAUUCCUGUUUUUCAUCAAAGAAUGGAACUCCAAGGCAACCAACAAUUUGCAGCUUGUCCCGAGCGAAGCUGCAAAUAAACAGAUCUGUGUUCAAUAAUCCAGAACAUUCUUUAAUUGGCUUACAUCAAUAUUCUCAUGUGUGGAUUAUCUUUGUGUUCCAUAAAAAUGGCCAUAUGAACUACAAAGCAAAAGUGAAGCCUCCCAGAUUAAAUGGAAUGAAGACUGGAAUUUUUUCUACAAGGAGCCCACAUCGACCUAAUGCAAUUGGACUCACCUUAGCAAAGCUGGAACAAAUUAAAGGUGACACCAUUUAUUUAUCUGGAAUUGACAUGAUCCAAGGUACGCCAGUUCUGGAUAUUAAACCUUACAUUCCUGAAUAUGAUUCUCCACAACUACGGACAAAAUCAAUGGAUCAGCUAACCAAGAAUGUCAUUUGCCAAGAUUUACCACUUUUUCCUACCUCUGAAGGGGAGUUUAGUGAGUCUGAAACUGAAAACAAUUCAGUAAAGGGGGAACUAACAACUACAGAAACUCCUGACGUUUUUCUGGGUGCCUCUGUUUACUGCAGUGGGGAGUCACAUUCCUCACAUUCAGAGUAUGAAGAUCAGCAAUGCCCUGUUUCAUCAAUAACUUGUGAAGCUGUCAGUCAUUUACAUACCCAACCUGCUGCACAGAUCUCCAAAGAAAAUCAUCUACUUUCAGCUCUGCUAAAAAUUAAAGACUACUUAAAUGAGAGUGCGGCGUCCUCAAAGAAUGAAGACGCCAAAGUUGUUGUUGAGACAGACUGCUCUGUCGGGGCUGCUCUGGGUGAGCAAUCAAGAAAAUCAUUGGUAGAGCAUGCAGCUAGUGAAGAGUCUGCCAAUACUACUGUUGCAUCAUGGGUAAGAGAGUCCCCUGUGAGCUCCUUGGAAGUCCGGUUCACACCUCACGCAGAGAAUGCCCUGAGUGAUUUUCAGCCCGCAGACCAAACAGGUGCCACACAUCCAGGGAGGCCUGCUUUCCACUACCUGAGGUCCAUGGAUGAAGCCAAAGAUGCCAUUAAGGCGGUUCUGUCAGCGGACCCCCGCUCGGUAUAUCGACGAACUCGUUGUCAAGAUCAGCUUUUCUACUUCACCCUGGAUGGUGCCCAUGUUACAUGUUGGUUUGGAGAAGGCUUCGCCGAAGUCGUGCAAAUCAAGCCAAUACAGAAUCACCAGGAAAUGCCAGCUAUGUGACAGGGACCCCCACAAAACUCCAAGAGGUCCAUUAGAGGAUCCAAGGCUAUUUUUUCAUCUUAUGAGUGAAGACUCACUGGCUGGGAGGAAGAAAGGCCUAUUCAUAGGCCAGUUAAAAGCUUGGCCCAAAGGCCAUUCUUUCUCCAAGACCCCAAUGUCCUCCUCCCACACACUCCUGUUGUCUUAGCAGGUCGGACCCCCUCAGUCAAAUUUGGAAACUCUGAAUUUUGAUCUUUCUGACUUUCAUUACCGAGUCUAUCUGUUGCUUCAAGGGAUGGCACCACGACAGCCCCUCUCUGUUACCUUCAAUGAGCACUUUGGAGAGUUUAUGAAGAUCUUAUGCAGGUUUCUUGCUUUAACUUUUCUAUAACGACUUUGGGAGUCAACGCAAGCUUAAACUGUGUGGACAAAUUACAAAAAGGUCAAAUUUAUUCUGAUCUCAGAGGAAGCAGAACUCCUUCCAUUGCUCUUCAUUUAUAUGGCUAUGCUUCUGACAGGGCAAGCGAGGGGGCGUUAUGCUGAGGUUGUGCGACCUGAACACUCAUCAUCCUCUUAUUAUGGAGGACUGACAGACAUGAUGGACUGAAUCCCCCACCCCGUCCUCGUCCACCUUGUUCUAACGGGGUCACUUUUGAAUGCCCCGCCAUUGUGCCCUCGCUGCUCUUAUCCAACAAACGGAAGUAAAACUU